AUGAGCAAUCCGGUCCUGCCUGCUAGCCUCCAAGGACGCGUGGUACCAAGGUUUAUACACCGCACUUGGGCUAAGACUUUCUACUGCAAGCCGGAAUAUUACUUCCAGCCCCAAAACAUUGACGAAAUCAAAGAAAUAGUCAAUUGUGCACGAAAGAAUGGACGCACCGUCAUGACUGUUGGGUCGGGUCACUCUCCUUCGAACUUAACUAUGUCCAAGGACUGGAUCGUUAACUUGGAUAAAUUUAAUGAAGUGGUUGAGGAGAAACCUGGGCCUAAUGGGAUGUAUACCGAUUUCACUGUGGAGGCCGGAAUUCGCAUUUAUCAGCUGAACAAAAUUUUAGCUACCAAAGGUCUUGCAAUCCAAAAUUUAGGAUCUAUUAGUGAGCAGUCUAUUGCCGGCAUUAUCUCCACAGGUACUCAUGGAUCGUCUCCUUUCCACGGAUUGGUCUCGCAGCAAGUUGUGGAUAUUACGAUCGUCAAUGGAGUUGGCGAACUUGUUAAAUGUUCCCCAACUGAAAAUCCGGAACUAUUCCGUGCUGCCUGCUUGUCACUUGGAAAAAUUGGCUUGAUUGUCUACGUUACCAUUCGUACUGUUCCACGCUACCAAAUUAAGUCCAGACAGGAAGUGAUUUCUUUUGACACUCUGUUGGACAGAUUUGAUUCUAUUUGGACAAGCGACGAAUUUGUUAGAGUUUGGUGGUUUCCAUACACUCAAAGAUGUAUUCUAUGGAGAGCAUCCAAGUCUACCGAGCCAAUUUCGAAGCCGCGCCCAUCUUGGUACGGAACCAGGUUUGGAAGAUUCUUCUACGAGUCUUUGCUUUGGAUCUCCGUUCACAUCAUGCCUCGUCUGACUCCAUAUGUCGAAAGAUUUGUCUUCUCUAGACAGUACGGUCUUACUGAAACCUACGGAAAAGGAGAUAUUGCUGUUCAGGAAUCUGUCGAAGGGUUGAACAUGGACUGCUUGUUUUCGCAGUACGUUAACGAGUGGGCCGCUCCUCUUACCAAUGGCCCAGAAAUUCUUCGCUCCCUAGCUGCCACCAUCAACGAGGCUGCAAAAACAAACGAUUUUUAUGUCCAUGCGCCUAUUGAGGUGAGAUGUUCCAAUACUACAUGCUCAAAUUCCACCGCUGAGCAGGAUCUUUCAUCCAGAACGACGACAUCUCCGGGCCCUAUCUACGGAAAUCAUUUGCGCCCAUUGCUUGACAACACUCCUAGACUGAAUUGGGUUCCCCAAGAAAAUGUUACAAACCGCCAGCUAACCCUUUACAUCAACGCUACCAUGUAUAGGCCAUUCUAUACCUCUGUUCCUAUUGGUAAGUGGUACGCCACUUUUGAAGAAACCAUGGAAGCUGCUGGUGGAAAGCCACACUGGGCUAAGAAUUUUAUUGGCACUGAUGCAAGCAAUUUCAACAAGGAUGGAGAAAUGAUUGGGUUUAAAGAUAAGAUGGAGGAGUGGUUCGGAGAAGAUCUCAAAACUUUCAGGAAAGUCAGACGUGAGGUGGAUCCAGAAGGAGUGUUCUUGAGCGGUCUGGACUGGCUCAAAAUGAACGGUAUUGUGGAAGAGGACGAGAUCGAAAAGAUUGAAGAGCUGAAAACUUCGAAAUCGGAUAUUGAGUAA